AAAUUUAGAUCAAAUUCGGUCACACAGCUGCAUCCACGCGCGUCGCGCUGCUGUCAACCAGACACUGUGUGUGUAUAUAUCUAAUAUAUAGGUAUAGACAAUUCUUUUCUGAAAAAAAAGUGACGCACCUUAUUAUUUACUCGGUUUUGUGAUAUUUCUACAUGUAUUUUAGUGCCGAACACUCGCGGCCUUAGUAAAAAAAAUAUAAUAUCAAGUGUCAACGACGAUCAUUUUUACUCAUUUAAUUUUAUAAAAUGAGUGGUCGACCACAAAUGACGACAAUGAAUGGAAAGAGGCUUUCGUCGAUUCCUCCAAGACAUCAAAAUGAAUCGACAUCUCAGCAUUUAGACCUCAUAAAAUAUAUUUGUGAUUCUUGGAAUUCAGUAUCCAGAGAAUUGGAUACUUGUAAUACGUCAAAUUAUAGAAAUGGAGCAGCAACUGUCACGUAUUAUCAAGAGCGAGAACCGAAUCCUCAACUCAAAGAUUUUCAACCAUUUAAUCUGGAGAUUUGGUGGGGACAACGCGUAAUGCAAAGUAUAACAAGAAAUGCAAGUUCUUGAUUCGAUCAUAACCGAACAUUCUUUCACAGGCACAAAAAGCAAAAAAGAUAAAUGAUCUUGAUUAUCUUUCUUGAAGGUUUUUGCGUCCAAUUGUUAAUUGACGCAAUACAAUUUUUUUUUCUUUUGUAUUUCAAAUUUAAAAAAAAAACUUCCUUCAAGAAUAUUCCGUCAUAUAAACGAAAGAAUGAAUAACAUUAAUUUUAUGUACAGCAGGCCUGUUUGGAAUUUGUUUUUAAUGGACUGAAAUUUAAAUAAGGGAAGAAAGCAAUAUAGAACAAACAGAUUAGGGAUGAAGAAAUAUUGAAAGGCAAAAGACUUUUUUUUAAAAAAAAAAUAAUAAUGUAUGCAGUUUACGACAUUCCUUAUACCUUUGACCAAUAUUUGGAUAUAUGUUUUUUGGGGGGGGGGCGAGAUUUAACAAUUCAAUCGUGCAUGUCGUUUUCUGUAUUUACAAUUUCUAGUAUUCUUAUUAAGUUCGUUUUUUUUGUGCUUUACAGUACCAGGGUUAUAAAAAUAUAUUUCGUAUAAUAUAUUUAAUGACCAAUUUUAGGAAGUAUGGAUCUAUUUAUUUUAUUUGAAUUUUUGUUAGUUUGAUUGUGCAUCAAGCAAAAACUUUUUUUUUCUUUUUAUUUUUUUUUAAAUGCUUUUACGAAAUUAUGAACAAAGAAAAUUUCGUAUUUUCUCCUCGUCUUAUCAGAAUUGUUAAAAGCGAGAUUAAAUAAAAUUAACAAUUGUGUCUGAUACAAUUUUUACAGUAAAUGCUACGCCAUUUUCAGAUUUAUACAGAAAAAAAAAAAAUAUGUAAAGUGUUUUAGUGCUUGUUUUAAAUUGACUCAUUAUAAAUAGUCACUUUCGAAAUUCAAAUAAGAAUCAAUUCCGACCAUGACGAAUGCCUUAAUUCUUAUUUGAAUAAUAUCGAAAGUGUUUUUCUUUUUUAAUUAUAAUAGAUAGUGCGUUGCAAACAGUUUGUAAUAAAAUAUUGCACAUUUAUAGCGCGAACUGAAAAUUGCUACAGAUUCAAGUAGAUUUAAAUUAAGAUUAUUGUGUACACUGACAUUAUGUAUUGUACAACCAGAUAAUGUUUCUAUAAUGACAGAAUAAUAAUGUCUUUGUACAAUAUCAAAA